GGCGUCUCCCCGUUGGGAGGGAGGGGGGAGGGAAUUGGACUUGCUUCGUCUCCUCCACCUUCUCCCCUCCGUCGUCGUCUCCUCCAAUGCUGAGACUCUGGCGCGUUGCGUUGGGGGAUUGACUUCGCCGUAGCACAAUCCAAUCGGCAUCAGCUUCCCCACCGCCCCAUGCCUCAGCGCGGCCGGCGGCGAUGGGCGACGUCCCCGUUCCAGCCCAAUCCCCAGCUCCCUUCCUCCUCCCCGACAGCGACAUGACCUCGCGCCGCCGCCGCGAGCCCUCCGAGCCCCGCAGCGACAGCGACUGGGACGCUGGAUCCAGCCGCGAGGGGUCCCCGGACUUCCUCCGCCGCGCGCCCGCUGCGCAGAUCUCGCGCGCCUCCACCUCCUCCUCGUCGUCCUCCUGGCUCCGCGAGAUCGAGCGCGACCGGGUGCGCCUCGUCAGGGAGUGGGUCCACAUGGCCGCCCGCGACCGCGACGACGACACGGGGCCCCCGCCGUCCCCCGUCCCUGACCACGCGCGCAGGGACGCCCCCCGGAUCCGUGGCCGCCAGGCGCGCCUCGAGCUCGUCAUGCGCAUGGCUGCCGACCGCCAGGCCGAGCUCCACCGCCUCUCCCAGCACCGCGCCGUCUCCGACUUCCCGCACCGCAACCGAAUCCACGCACUGCUCCGGGGCCGGUUUCUGCGCAACGGCGGUCUGCCAGAGGAGAGGAGGCCCCCAUCCGUGGCCGCAAGGGAGCUUGGCCAGCUGCGGCAGCGGCAUCCUGUCUCCGGGUUGAGAGAAGAGUUCCGCUUCAGAUUGGAGAAUCUUGUCCGUGGUCAAGCAGUUAGCCAAGCAGAUGCUUCUUCAACUCAUGAUGUUGAACUAUCUACAAAUGAUCAUUCUGAAUCAAGACCUCCUUCUGAAACUACUCAGGAGAGACAUGAACAAACAAGUGAGAAUAUCAGUCUUCAGCAAAUUGAAGGUACAGCAACAACAUCAGGAUUUGAAAGCGGCAGCCCUAGCGUUGCUGAAGUCUUCUGUGGAUCUCAUAGUCAAGUAGAAAGUCAGGAAGAUUUGGAACAGGAGAGAAGAGAUUGGCAACGAUUUUCCCAUGCUGUGAUUGGAGAGGAAUCUGAAAGAAGUUGGCGUGAGAAUGCAGACAUCUCAUCCCGUGAGGGGACAGCAGUUGAGGAUGAUCACGACGAUCGUCUUCCAGUAGCAAAUGAAGAGUCAACCAGUGUUGAUCGUCUUCCUGAAGCACACGAAGAGUCAAUCAGUGAUGAUAGUCUUCCUGAAGCGCAUGAAGAGCAGCAUGAUAGUGAUCAUCUUCCCGAAGUGCUUGAAGAAUUGCAUGAUAAUAAUCACCUUCAGGAAUCACAUGGGGAGUGGAGCAGAGAUGAUCACCCUAUAGAAGUAUAUGAUGAGUGGCAGAGUGAUGAUCAUCUCCCAGAAGUCAAUGAAGAGUGGCAAGAUGAUGAUGAGUCUAAUGAUACCGCCGACAAUUGGCAUGAUAAUACUUCUGACCAACCAAUUGACCAUGGUGCUGCUCUUAUUAGAAGAGGUAACACAUUCAUCCCUGGGGAUGACGAGAAUGUGUAUAGCACAGAAUUGAGGGAACUUCUAAGCAGAAGGAGUGUUUCUAAUCUUCUUCAUAGUGCUUUUCGUGAGAACUUAGACCGGCUUAUCCGGUCAUAUGUUGAACGGCAAGGUCGUGGUCCUCUCCCUUGGGAUCUGGAAGGAAGUCAAGGAACAACUCCUGCCCCUAACUCACCAGAUCAAAAUCAGGAGCAUCAAAGAGAUGAUGAUGACCAGGAACUGCAGCACCCUGUUGACAGGCCUCCUUUAGUGAUACCACCUCCACCUAUGCCUCCUCGUCAGCCACUUUGGCAUUCAGAGUUGCAUCGUAAUAAUUGGAUCAGGCAAAACAUUCAUCGUUCUUCUUCUGACAUUGAAUGGGAGGCCAUCAAUGAUUUAAGGGCUGAUAUGGCUAGACUUCAGCAAGGCAUGAGCCAUAUGCAAAGGAUGUUGGAAGCUUGCAUGGAUAUGCAGCUAGAGUUACAGCGUUCUGUAAGGCAAGAAGUUUCAGCGGCCUUGAAUCGUUUCAUUGGGGAGCAAGGUGAGAGUAAAGAAAUAAUUGACGAUGGUUCGAAAUGGAUAAAUGUGAGAAAAGGGACCUGCUGUAUAUGCUGUGAGACUCCAAUUGACUCCCUUCUGUACAGAUGCGGACACAUGUGCACAUGCUCAAAAUGCGCGAACGAAUUGGUUCGGGGCGGAGGGAAAUGCCCACUGUGCCGUGCGCCCAUAAUCGAGGUGAUCCGAGCAUACUUCAUCAUAAGAGAGCGGCGGUAUGGGGGGAGUAGCGAAGAGAAGUUUCGCCGCUCGCCAGUGAGUGGGCAAUCCUUCACCACCAUGGCGGCUCCGGCGGCCAGCACCUCCGUGUCCGAAUCCGACGACUCCGACUCCGACUCCUCCCAGUGCAGCGAGGCAAGCACAUGGGAUUCUCAAGUGUUACAAAGGCACGCUGAAUGUCUGGAGCUGGAGGAGUUGGCAGCAAUCUCAGUCAAUCCUGCUCUGCUUCGAACUCUCAAUCAUUUGCUUCUUGAGGUGUAUGCCAUUCUGCGUCCGAAGCCACUUGACUAUGGCCAGCGCAACACCUUGAUUGAUGCCUUCAGGAAGAUUACGAAACGAAUAUUUGAUAGCAACGAUGGGUUUCCAGUUGUGGAACCAUUUGGAUCAUUCACGAUGGAUUUAUUUACUCCUCGUAGUGACCUGGACCUCUCUGUCAAUUUCAGUGCUAAUACUGAUGAUCGAUAUACUCGCAAGCAAAAGAUUUCUGUAAUCAGGAAAUUUUCCAAAGUUCUAUAUUCUCAUCAGAGGAAUGGAAUUUUCUGUGGGGUUCUACCUGUUGUAAGUGCUAGGGUGCCUAUUCUGAAGGUUAUUGAUUGUGGCACAGGGAUUGAAUGUGACAUUUCAGUUGAAAAUAAAGAUGGCAUGACAAGGUCAAUGAUCUUUAAAUUUGUUUCCUUGCUUGACGAAAGGUUUCAGAUACUAAGUUACUUGGUUAAAUUCUGGGCUAAAGUACAUGAUCUGAAUAGCCCAAGAGCACUAACAAUGAGCUCCAUGUCAAUCAUUUCAUUAGUUGCUUUCCAUUUGCAGACCCGAUGUCCUCCAAUAUUGCCUGCGUUCUCUGCCUUGUUAAAAGAUGGUUUAGAUUGUGCAAGCGUUGAGAGGAACAUUGUACUGUUUAAGGAGUUUGGGAGCAGAAAUACAGAAUCUGUGGCUGAACUGUUUGUGUCACUGAUUAGUAAACUGUUAUCAGCAGAGAGUUUAUGGGAGCAUGGGUUGUGUGCUAGCAAUUUUGAAGCGUCAUGGAUCUCCAAGACAUGGAAGAAGGGAGUUGGCAAUUUAAGUGUUGAAGAUUUCUUGGACCGGUCGCAAAAUUUCGCAAGGUCGGUGGGGAAGGUGCAGAUGCAGAAGAUCUGCAAAUGCCUUAGACAAUGUGCUUUGAAUUUGUUGGAUUUCAUGAGGGGGAAAGUGAACACACAGAAGCUGAAGACCCUUUUGUUUGGGCGCCUUAGCCCAGAUGAGUUGGUCAGCAAACCUCGUUUGAAGCAUGGCAAGAGAAAAAAGAAGCGUGAACUUUUCCCGCAGGGUGGAUAUGCAUUCCAAAAGAGAGCAAAACAUGGUGGUGAUGCUGCAACCAGUAGUGACUUGUUACCCGCUCCUGCGUCUGACAAGGUCUUUCCUCCUGCCCGACAUGAUCGAAGCCCCAUCCAGCAGUCUAGCAUUCAUCAUUUUGUGCCCGUUAUUCCAUGGCCUCGUAUCAUACCUUCUGGUUUUGGCUACGGGUCAUCGCUUGAGUUUCCAUCCAUAGCUAGUCCUCACCCUGGCAAAGGAAUACUUGGCAGGCCGCCAAGUAACCCCGGCAAGGGGAUACUGGGCAGGCCGCCAAGUGAUGUAGUUCCCUUGAAACCAAUGGAGCUCAACUAGUUCAGGGACAGCAAGGUCCACAUGUCCCGACGCCAUGCCGGCAUACAUUUCAGCAGUCAUGUCGCAGAGCUUAUGAGGAGCCGGUGAUGACAGCUGCAAGUAGAGCUUGGGUUGUGUUGCUUUAGAUUAGAUUAGUGUGCUAGUUAAAUGUCUGAGAUGCAAAAGCUCAGGAUGUGCUGUAGCAGCUAAUAUGUUCCUCUGUCAACAGAGCCUUACUGGCUCAUUUUUAAUUACUCUGGUCUCACGUGCCAGAGACACAGGUAAUUGACCCUGGCAUGGUACUCGAUCGAUGAGCUUCAACGUGGUGUUUAGCUUGUUGUUA